AUGGGUUCUCCGUCAACUCUGGCCAUCACAUCCGCCACACCAGCCGUAGGGAUGCCAGCAAGUUCAACGGGAACCCCGCCACCCGUCCAACCUACCCUUCAUUCAGCACUUCCUGCCAAGCUUGUCCCAUCUUCGUCACCCACGACAGGUCCCGUCAUGCCUGCAACAGCAACUCUAUCCCCAACAAUUCACCCGACCCCCAUCACACCAACGAUUCCCCCAAUUUUGCCUUCAUCGGUGGCUCUAUCUUCCACGAUUCCCGUGGUUUCCACCAUAUCAACGAUCACCCCGAUUUUGCCUGUUCCGGCAAUUCCAUCCUCGACAAUUUCCGCGGCCUCCACCAUACCAACAAUCCCCCCAAUUCUGCCUGCAACAGAGACUCCAUCAUUGACGAUUCACGCAGCCUCCACCAUGCCAACGCCCUCUGCAAUCUUGCCUGUGACUGUCAGUCUAUCCUCGAUGAUGCACGAAGCAUCCAGCACGCCAAUGAUCCUCCCAAUUUUGUCUUCAGAAGUGUCCCUAUCCCCAACGGCUCAUGCGGGGUUCAUGGCACCAACAAAUCCCGCAAUAUCGCCUUCGGCGGCAACUCCAACUCCUACGACUCCCGUGGCAUCUGCCCCACCAAUGAUUCCUACGAUUUUGCCAGCAUCGAUUCCGGCAGAACUCCCACCGCCAAGCUCUUCACCUACUGUCGUCACCCCAGCCAGCACAAUGGUACCUUCUUCCUCCUCCACGUCGACUCCAGCUGCUCCCGCCGUGACACCUGUGGCGGCGACUCUGUCUGCAGGUGCCGAGCCUUUAGCACCGCCCCCCGCCAUCCCAGGGUCUCCCUCCGAGCCACUACCGGAGAAGGAGAACGUACCCCCUGCCCCGAAGAAACAUACACAACAGAAGGUUUCAGCUGCCCCAGCCACAAGCCGGCCGCAGCGCAUCUCCAAUCUACCUCCUCACCUGGCAGAUGUGGGGUAUGUUCCCCCAUCAAAGGGAACACGGAAGCAGAUCGUCAGUCAAAAGAAGAAAUGA